UUGUGAUGUAAUGAGAACAACGCAGUAGAAAUAACUAAUAGGCUUGCAUAAUAUAAAAAUGUCGAAAAUACAGUUAUUGAGGGUUUUUUUGAGCGAGAGGUUAACAGCUGCCGCUGAGGAAAUAUUCGGAGUUGUUGAAAAAACGGUAGCCGAGUAUCAGGAUGAAGUGUUCCGUCUCCAGAGGCGGCUCGACAUUGUUCUUCAACCUGAAAUUAAGGACCUCCAGCAGCUCAAUAUCUCUGUCUCAGAAGCAGAGCUUCCCCCUGAGCAGCAGCACAGUGAACUGGAGUGGAGACCCAGUCAUGGACAGGAGGACCCAGAGUCCACGCAGAUUAAAAAAGAACUGGAGGAAAUCUGGAGCAGUCAAGAGGAAGAGCAGCUUCAAGGGCUGGAGGAAGAUAACAGUGACUCUACUCCUGCCUUUGUACAAAGUAACCAUUAUGAGGACCCAACUAAGCCCUCAUAUUUUUAUGAAGCCCACAAGGAAGAUAAAGGUGUCAGAGACCCACUACCCAGUACUACAACUGAACAGAUCAAAACAGAACCUGAUGUAGAGGACUACAGAGAAUCCGAACCAACCAGUGUCCCUCAACACCCCACCAUAGUAAAUCCAGAAUGUUCUGCAGCUCAGAGUGAAAUGGGGGUUGUAGGUAGUAUGGAGAAACAUUUUGAUCAGGUCCAAUCAAAGAGAACAAAUAUGUUAAAAGGACAAGUCUCACAUAUUAAUACUACGGGUUCCAAAUCCUCAGAUUUAUUUCUCCUGAAAUCACCCAGUCAAAUGAAUGCUACUCCCUGUUGUAAAGUGUGUGGAAAGUCAUUUCAUCAAAUGGGUUCAUUAUUUAAACACAUUCAAAUACAUACAAAGGAAAAAGAAAAACUCUGUGGAGUGUGUGGGAAGAAUAUGGAGUCCACAGAAAGUAUGAAAGAUCACCUCCAAACUCACAUUGCAGCUAGGUUUUGUUGUAAUUUCUGUGGUAAAUUCUUCACUCAGAAUGGAACAUUAAAAACCCACAUGAGGAUUCACACUGGAGAGAAGCCAUAUAGAUGUCCCUACUGUUGCUGGGAAUUCAUCACUGGCGGUGAUCUAAAAAAUCACAUCAGGAUUCACACGGGAGAAAAGCCAUUUUGCUGCCCUGAUUGUGGCAAAUCAUUCACUCGGAGUGGACAUCUAAAGAGACACAGGAGAACACACACAGUGGAUAAAUAAUCCUAUUACAGUCUGUGGAAAAUGAUUCAGCUCCAGGAAUGAUGUGAAAAAGUACAUAGAAUUUUAGUUGUCAUAUUGUAUUUCUCUUCUGAUUGUGGCACAGACAUCAACCUGCUUGGACAUCCAUAGAUACGUGAUGAACCACACUGCAGACAAUAGAAAUCAUUGUCAUCUGUGACAAGGGAUAGGUGGGAACUUUGAGGAGUCAUGGGGUAGAGACUAUUUACAUGCACUGAUUGCAAUACGCAGUAUAUUUCAAAACUCCUAAAAAAGUUCCAUUAACAACAGUCACUUGGUGAAAACAUGACAUUGUGUGAUCUGAGGAAAGGUCUGGAGACAGAAGAUGGAGAGUCACAUUGUAAAGUUCACUGUGAAAGGAGACAAUCCCCAGGACAGUAGUUUAGGACCUCCAGCAGUUCAAUAUCUCUGUCUCAGAAGCAGAGCUUCCCCCUGAGCAGCAGCACAGUGAACUGGAGUGGAGACCCAGUCAUGG